AUGGUGGGAAAGAGAAAUUUAACAACACCACAACGCAAUGCAGUUGUGCAGUUCCUACUUCGAGCAUCCGUCAACGGCAAACCAAAGAGGGGCAUGUUCAAGGCCGCUGAAGAAAAAUUCAACAUAUCUCGAACAUCAAUAUAUCGGUAUUGGCAAGCUGCGAAGAAGCAACAAGAACAAGGAGAAACAAUUAACUCAGUCAGCGGCAAAAUAACAAAAGGAUCAAGGUGCAAACGUGUUACUCUUGAUUUAGCUUUGCUUUCUUCUCUACAUUACACAAAAAGAGGGUCAAUCAGAUCAUUUGCAGUGGGUUUGCAAUGUAGUAAGACAACUGUAGGGAGAUGGGUUGAUGCCGGACUGAUCAGAGCACACACAUCAGCAAUUAGGCCAGAUUUAACAGCCCCGAAUAAGCUUCUAAGGUUAAGAUUCACAUUAGAUGCCUUAGAACUAGACAAGGUAUGCAACCAAAUCAAGUUUAGGAAUAUGAGUAACACUAUACACAUUGAUGAGAAGUGGUUUUACAUGUCCCAAGCAUCACGCAGAUUUUAUUUAGCACCUGAAGAAGAUGAGCCACAUAGGAGUUGUCAAAACAAGAAUUUCAUACAAAAAAUUAUGUUUAUGUGUGCUGUGGCAAGACCUUUAUUCGCAGAUAAUGGUGAUGUAUUGUUUGAUGGGAAAAUUGGAAUAUUUCCCUUCACUGUUCAAGUACCAGCACAAAGAAAGAACAAGAAUAGAGAUGCGGGCACAAUAGAAACUAAAGCUAUUCAAAGCAUCAACAAAAAUGUGAUCAAGGACUGCAUGAUUAAUAAGAUAAUUCCAACCAUUAUAUCUAAAUGGCCAAAAGAUGCAUCCAAAGACAUUUUUAUACAGCAGGACAAUGCAAGACCACAUAUCAUGGAUACAGAUCCAGAAUUCAGGGCAGCUGCAUCACAAUCUGGUUUCAACAUCAGAAUGGUCCAGCAACCCCCUAAUUCCCCAGAUACCAAUGUCAAUGAUUUAGGGUGGUUCCGAUCCAUACAAUCACUUCAAGUGCAGACUGCAUGCAAGACAGUGGAUGAUCUAGUUAAGGCUGUUGAGAAAUCAUUUGAAGAGUUAAGCCCCACAACACUAAACAAUGUAUUCUUAAGUUUGCAGGGUUGUUUUAUAGAGAUAAUGAAGAACAAAGGACAUAACAGGAUGUCUGAGGAACCAUUUAGGCCGAGAGCGAAGCUCAUUGAGAAGCAAAAACUUUUCCAGAGCAUUCACAAACACAUCCAUUUGAAGCAGCCGACGGAUAAGAUCACAUCGGUUGCCAUUCCUUUGGCUUUGGCUAGCACCUCCUUGUUUCUUAUUGGAAGAGGGAUAUAUAACAUGUCUCAUGGGAUCGGGAAGAAGGAAUGA